UCUUAACUAAACUAGAUGGAUCCAGCCACAAUGCUGCUAGAUGGAAUUGUCAGCCACCUGAAGAAGCAGACAGGACCAGCUUCAGUGCCUCUUAGGACUGAGGAAGAAUUUAAGAAGUUCAUUAGUGAUAAAAAUGCCUCUGUAGGGGGUUUUUUCAAGGAUUUAUUCAGUGAAGCACACUCUGAAUUCCUAAAAGCAGCCAACAACUUGAGGGAUAACUACCGAUUUGCACACACCAAUGUUGAAUCUCUGGUGAAGGAGUAUGAUGAUAAUGGAGAGGGCAUCACCUUAUUUCGUCCUUCACAUCUUAAAAAGUUUGAGGACAAAAGUGUGGCAUAUACAGAACAGAAACUGACUAGCAGCAAGAUUAAAAAGUUUAUCCAGGAAAACAUUUUUGGUAUUUGUCCUCACAUGACAGAAGACAAUAAAGAUUUAAUACAGGGCAAGGACUUACUUAUGGCUUACUAUGAUGUGGACUAUGAAAAGAAUGCUAAAGGUUCUAACUACUGGAGGAACAGAGUAAUGAUGAUGGCAAAGAAAUUUCUGGAUGCUGGACACAAACUCAACUUUGCUGUAGCUAGCCGUAAAACCUUUAGUCAUGAAUUGUCUGAUUUUGGCUUAGAGAGCACUACUGGCGAAGUUCCUGUUGUUGCUCUCAGAACUGCUAAAGGAGAGAAGUUUGUCAGGCAAGAGGAAUUCUCGCGUGAUGGCAAGGCUCUUGAGAGGUUUCUUCAAGAUUACUUUGAUGGCAACCUGAAGAGAUACCUGAAGUCUGAGCCUAUCCCAGAGAGCAAUGAUGGGCCUGUAAAGGUAGUGGUAGCAGAGAAUUUUGAUGAAAUAGUGAAUAAUGAAAAUAAAGAUGUGCUGAUUGAAUUUUAUGCCUCUUGGUGUGGUCACUGUAAGAAUCUGGAGCCCAAAUAUAAAGAACUAGGAGAGAAGCUCAGCAAAGACCCAAAUACUGUCAUAGCCAAGAUGGAUGCCACAGCCAAUGAUGUGCCUUCUCCAUAUGAAGUCAGACAUUUUCCUACCAUCUACUUCUCUCCAGCCAAAAAGAAGCUAAGUCCAAAGAAAUAUGAAGGUGGCCGUGAAUUAAAUGAUUUUAUUAGUUAUCUACAACGAGAAGCUACAAAUCCCCCUAUAAUUCAAGAAGAAAAACCCAAGAAGAAGAAGGCACAAGAAGAUCUCUAAAGCAGCAGCCAAACAUACCACUUUGUAAUGGACUCUUCUACCAGAGAUGGGAAAACCAUUGGGGAGGAAUGGGAUCCAUAUGGGAUUAUUACCUCUCAGGGCUGAGAGGACAGAAUGGAUAUACUCUGAAUCCUGUUAAAUUUUAUCUAAACUGUUUCUUAGCUGCACUGUUUAUGGAAAUACCAGGACCAGUUUGUGUCUGGUUUUGGGAAAAAUUAUUUGUGUUGGGAAGAAUGUUAUGGG